AUGGAAGAAUCUUUGCCAAAAAGAUGGGAGAUAGAGUUGGAAUUUGUCCAAUCGUUAGCGAACAUUCAAUAUUUGAAUCAUUUGGCACAGAAUAACUAUUUAAGUAAUCCCGAGUUUCUAAACUAUAUCGAAUACCUUAAUUAUUGGAAAGAACCCGAAUACUCGAAAUACUUGGUAUAUCCAAACUGCUUACACAUAUUGACACUAUUACAGAACGAAGAAUUUAGAAAGAAUAUCUUGAUUCCAGAUUUUAUGAACACCGUGAUGAAUGAUAUGGUUAAGAGAUGGCAGGACCAAGAUAGCGUUUUCGGCGUGACGCCCCAAUCGCAGCUAGAAGGACUUAAUGCUUCCAAUGGCGACGAUACAAAUCAGCCAAGUGUAGAAGUUAAUGGGCUGGGAAGCAACUAG